AACAAGUUUUUCUAUCACAUCUUGUACUACCAACAGUAAGGUAUACCACAAUUUUUAGUGGUCUUCUAUCCAAUUGUUAUUUAAAGUACUGUAAGUUCUCUUAUUAUAGUCUAAAUAAUUAAAUAAUUGUUAAACCACUCUAAAUGGAAGAUUACAUUGAAAAUCACAAGUCAAAAAGAAUGAAGGUUGUGCUAGAGCAAAAUGAAAAAAUGCAUAGUUUAUUUCAGUCUAAAACAUUUUGUGAUGUUAUUCUUGUGACAGACGAUUGGGAAAUGAUUUCUGCACAUAAACAUGUCUUAGCAUCAGCAAGCACAUAUUUUGCUGCAAUAUUCAAUGAAAAUUUUAAAGAAGGCAAACAAGAGAGCAUUCACAUUAAAGACAUUGAUUCCGAUACUUUAAAAUCAUUAAUAAGUUAUAUGUAUAGUUUCAAAUUGGACGUAAAUGAAUCAAAUGUCAAAAAAUUAUUAAACGCGUCAUGUUAUUUCAAUCUUGAUUUUGCUAAAGAGUUAUGUUCUGAUUUCAUAAAACAUCAUUUAAAUCCCACUAACUGCUUAAUGUUUAUGGAAUAUGCUAAUUUUAUUUUAGACUACGACUUAUAUAAUUAUUGUUUUUUAUAUAUUUUGAAGAACUUCACAACUAUUAUGGAAUCGGAAACAAUAUCGAAAACAUUUUAUGAAUUAAAUUAUGAUACUUUUGUUAAAUUUCUUUCUAGUGAUCAUUUGGAGGUCAAAACUGAAUUUGAGGUUUUCGAGUAUAUAACUAAUUGGAUAGAAUUUGAUAAACUGCAUCGCAUGGAAAGUUUACCUAAUUUAUUAACACAUUUAAGAUUAGCAUCUAUUUCAAACAUUGAUUUAAAGAAAAUUGUUUCAGCAUCUUUGAUAGAAGAAAACUGUACUACUCUAAUCAAUUUCCAUAGAGAAAUUUUUAAAGUAAAACUUUUUUCGGACCAUCCUCGUGAAAUGCACCGAAUACCAUUUGAUUGGACUGAACUAGAUAUUAUUAUUGUUGUAUUUGAACCAGAAAACGAAAGCUUUACAAAUGAAUUUUUGUUUACUGAUGCACUAACUUUGAAUUGGAAAUUAUCAACUAAAGCAUUGUUUACUGCAAAAAGAAGUGAGUCGCAAAUUGUCUCUAUCAAAAAUAGAUUUUUACUUUCUAUCGGCGGAAGAGAUGACAAAUGGAAUCUUGUAAAUUCAGUUGACAUAUUUGACUUUAUGUCAUUAAAAUUAAAUUGGGAAUCUACAUCUCCUAUGAAAAUUGGAAGGAAAAAUUUUGCAGUAUGUUCUUAUGGAAAAUGUGUCUAUAUCGUUGGAGGUACAGACAAUCAUGGUAUAGAAUUAAAUACUAUUGAAUAUUAUGACAUUAUAAAUAGGGAAUGGAACUUAAUAGCAGAAAGAAUGACUUUUCCUAGAUACAGUUGUGCAGCUGUUUAUUAUAAAGAAUGCUUAUACGUUUUUGGAGGACAAGACAGUACAAAAAUGUAUAAUUGCGUAGAAAUUUAUGACUUUAAGAAAAAGUGUUGGUCACAAAUUGAACCUAUACCAAAGGGAAUGGCUCUGACAUCUAUGAAUACUACAAUAUUAAAUAAUAUAGUUUAUUUUAUUGGCGGAUGUCAAAAUGAAAAAGACGAAGACGACUUGAACGAAGUUUCAAAUGGCGUUUUUAAAUUUGAUUUGCAAAGUCACAUUUGGACUCAAAUGCCCAAUUUGAAUUGGGAAAGAAAACGCACAAAUGCCGUUUUUAUAAAAAAUGAUUUGUUUGUAUUUGGUGGAUACGAUAAGUAUGAUGACGUAGUACCAAUUAGUGAGAGAUUUUGUUCUGAGAAAAAUGAAUGGAAAGUUAUUGAAUCUGCUGAUAUUGAUUAUUGUGUUGAAAAUGCAAUUUAUCUUAAUUCUAAGCAGCUUAAACAUUUGUUAGAAGUAAAUAAUAUAAAAAAUUACUUUGGCAAAUAAAGCUAUACUUGGUAGUUACUAGUUUUUGACAUUUAAAAUCCAAAGAAUAAUGAACUAGUAAAUGUAACACUAGUAAUUAGUUUUUUUUACUUAUUGUUUUUGUAUUAAUUUUUAAAAGCAUUUGAUUUAUAUUAUGUUUAUACACGUUUUUUUUUUUGUGAUUAUUUAUGUUUAUGUUUAAUUAAUGAGAUUGCAUUUGUUGUAAAAUUAAUAUUAUAUUUCAAGAUAUUCAGCUAUAGUAGGUUUAUAACUUAGUCGAAAUUCAUGAAAAUGAAUAUGAAUAUGAAUAACAAAUAUGAAUGUUAAAUUCAAAUCUUGUCAAAUCU